UUGGGAUGUGUGGUCAUUUGAUUGUUUGUCAUUUUGUUAUGGAAUGUAGUAUUUAGAUCGAGAAGGAAUCAGUUUUUGUUGCCGGACAACAUACGAAGACAAUGCAAUAACUAACGCAGUUGAAAUUUAUAACAGUCCCAGUGGUGCUGUUCACUUUAUGGCUUCAAAUAAUGACUGUGGAGUUCGAGAUUUUGACAUGGAGAAGUUUCAGCUUUGCAAGCAUUUCCCAUUCCCAUGGCCUGUGAAUCACACAUCACUAAGUCCCGAUGGAAAGCUUCUUGUCAUCGUGGGAGACAACCCUGAAGGAGUUUUGGUUGAUUCUCAUACCGGAAAGACUGUGCAUGAAUUUCAGGGUCACAUCGACUUCUCUUUUGCUUCAGCCUGGCAUCCGGAUGGCUUUACCUUUGCCACUGGCAACCAGGAUAAAACCUGCCGAGUUUGGGACAUUAGGAAUCUCUCCAAAUCUGUUGCUGCAUUGAGAGGCAAUCUCGGUGCCAUAAGAUCGAUCCGCUUCACGUCUGAUGGACGAUUUAUGGCAAUGGCCGAACCUGCAGACUUUGUUCAUGUCUUUGACGUCGGAAGUGGGUACAACAAGCAGCAGGAGCUGGACUUCUUCGGUGAAAUUUCUGGCAUAUCGUUCAGUCCCGACACGGAGGCUCUGUUUGUCGGCGUAUGGGAUCGCACCUAUGGGAGUUUGCUGCAGUACAACCGUCGCAGGAACUACUCGUACCUCGAUUCACUGCUUUGAUAUGAACAAAUAGCAGUGUCAAGUGUUGUGACUGUGUGAUAUACUACUGCCCCAAAUAGAGAAUGGGGGCCUUCAGAUGCAUCCUUCUUUCGUCGCUUGGCAUCAAGAGGCAACGAGAAUCAUGCUUGAUAUGAAUAAAUUUGUUGGAAGUGUUUGAAGAAAUGUACAGAUGCUUAGGGACAGCAUGAGAUAAAGACAAAAGACAAAGAAGCAUCAAGCUAAGCUCUCGAACUGUGCUUGAGGCCUUCUCUUUUAGAACUUUUGAGUGGUUCUUACAUAUCAUCGUUUCCGAUCUUUCUUGCUUGUGUAAUAAGAUUAGUCCAUCAUCUUUGCCAGGGGCGACCUCAGGUGUAAUUGUUGCUGUGACAUCCUACUUUAAUCUCCUAUCCAACAUGGGAAGAGGUUUGAGUUGGUUUAUAUGAUUAGAUGGAUCUCUUAUUAAAUCAAUGAUUCAUGUUCAUCAA